GUCCGCCCAGCAAAGCUUCCUGGUGGGGUUUGCUGCGGGGGAGGGGCAGCGCAGGCAGCGGCGGAAACCAGCCGGGGAGAUAAGAGUCCGCCCGGCCCCGCGCAGCAGUCUUCGCACUGCAGGGACGGAGCGGUGGCUGUCAGCAUGCCUCUGUGACAAGGGACUGACACGCUCCAUUCUCAGUCGUUGUCAUCUUGUCAUAAUGAAUCCCACAAUGCCUUGGGCAAUCUGUCCACAGUCUGGUUGUCUCUGAAAAAAAAAAUGUGAGAGCUUCUCGUUUCCAAUUGCUGAUGUCAGGAUGAGAAUUAUGAAAUCAAAGGCCAGGUUUGGACUAGGGCUUGUGUGCCUGGGUAUGCAGAAACCUCCCUUUCUUGUGUUGGUACUAAGAAGUGCCUUUCCUGACGUCUCUGCUGCUUGGAACCGCUUCUAGAGCAGUCUCUGCUUUUUGCCUUGCUUGCUGCCAGCUAGACUGCGACGACAGCACAUCCACCCUCCACCUCUAGCCCAGACACCCCCAUUUCUACUUAUAAUCAAGAGAAAAGCUCUAAGUAUCAGGCGCAUUGCCUUAGGCUGCUUUAGUGUAGAAAUAAAAAGUUUGCUGAAAAAGUAAGAUAUCUUCUGCCAGAAAAUCAAGGAGAGGAAAAAAUAUAAUUUCUCGAUUGUUGCUCUAAACUGCUGCAUCUGUCUAUGCCAAACUAAUCAAUACCGAUUGCACCACAAAACCCAAUUGCAAAUUCAGCUGUGUGUGGAGAUUACCUUUCAGACAACUUUACUGAAAGCAGCUUGGAAAUUCUGUGUCAAAGGGUCUGCCACGUUUUCAUGCUUGCAUUUUGGGCUCCAAAUUGGCACUCAGAAUGGGUUACUGAGAGCACAAGGCUAGUUCCAGGCCACACUUUUUAACGUUCAUCUUCCUUAUGAUCUUAGCAUUUCUUUAAGUACAAAACCUCUUUCAAUUAACAGUUUCAUGCUGUGAAUUUCUAGUGGCAAAUCUUUUCCUUGAUAUUGUGACAACACCAUUUUACAUGUACUUUUGAAGUAGGGAGCGGGGAAAAAAAAGAAAUAUUUUGGAGGUGACAUUUUCAUCAUUACCAGUCUAUCAGUUUGGCUGUUUGUUUAUUUGUUACAUUGAAAAAUUUUAACUACCUGUAAAAUCUAAAAAUGGCUGUUAGUGUCACACCGAUUCGGGACACAAAAUGGCUAACACUGGAAGUGUGUAGAGAGUUCCAAAGAGGGACUUGCUCACGACCAGACACGGAAUGUAAAUUUGCACAUCCAUCGAAAAGCUGCCAAGUUGAAAAUGGACGAGUAAUCGCCUGCUUUGAUUCAUUGAAAGGUCGAUGCUCAAGGGAAAAUUGCAAAUAUCUUCACCCUCCCCCACACUUAAAAACACAGUUGGAGAUAAAUGGGCGCAAUAACCUGAUUCAGCAAAAGAAUAUGGCCAUGCUGGCCCAGCAAAUGCAACUAGCCAAUGCCAUGAUGCCUGGUGCCCCAUUGCAACCUGUGAACUUUAUGCCUCAGUCAUUCCAAAAAGGAGGGGGGGAGUGCAGUACAAGGUGGGAGGGAUCUCCAUAUUUUAUCGACACUGAUACCAAUUAUCAAUACAACCCAGUCAAGAACUCUUUCGCAUUAAGGGACAAAAUACUUGCAGAUGCAGUUUUACUAUAUCAUAACCCAAUGUUUUCAGUUGCACCAAGCUUAGCCACCAAUGCAUCAGCAGCCUUUAAUCCCUACCUGGGACCUGUCUCUCCGGGCUUGGUCCCAGCAGAGAUCCUGCCGACUGCACCAAUGCUGGUUGCAGGGAACCCAGGUGUCCCAGUUCCUGCAGCUGCCGCUGCUGCUGCACAGAAAUUAAUGAGGACAGACAGGCUGGAGGUAUGUCGAGAGUAUCAGCGUGGCAAUUGUAACAGAGGAGAAAAUGAUUGCCGGUUUGCUCAUCCUGCUGACAGUGCAAUGAUCGAUACCAAUGACAACACAGUUACUGUCUGUAUGGAUUAUAUCAAAGGGAGAUGCUCACGGGAAAAGUGCAAAUACUUUCACCCUCCUGCACAUCUGCAAGCCAAGAUCAAGGCUGCCCAGUACCAGGUCAACCAAGCUGCAGCUGCCCAAGCAGCAGCGACUGCAGCUGCCAUGACUCAGUCGGCUGUCAAAUCACUGAAGCGACCCCUCGAGGCAACCUUUGACCUGGGAAUUCCUCAAGCUGUACUUCCCCCAUUACCAAAGAGGCCUGCGCUUGAAAAAACCAAUGGUGCCACCGCAGUCUUUAAUACUGGUAUUUUCCAGUACCAACAAGCUCUUGCCAACAUGCAGUUACAACAGCAUACAGCCUUCCUCCCUCCGGGCUCAAUAUUGUGCAUGACACCCGCUACAAGUGUUGUUCCCAUGGUGCACGGUGCUACGCCAGCCACUGUGUCUGCAGCAACAACAUCUGCCACAAGUGUUCCCUUCGCUGCAACAGCCACAGCCAACCAGAUACCCAUAAUAUCUGCCGAACAUCUGACUAGCCACAAAUAUGUUACACAGAUGUAGACAUUUUGUCAUCAAACAAUCAUACUAAAGAGAAAAAGGACAGUGUGCUUGGGUAGAGGAAAGGACAAGAUCAUUAGCCAUAAUGUAUAUACCGUCAAGAAACACACCGAAACUCCCUCAGCAGUAAGACAUCCACACAUUGCAUGUUAACAAGAAGAAACAAGAACUUGGAAAUCCACUGCACACUGUUGCCUAUAUACUUUGUACAUUGAAUUGAUAUUUGUGCUGAGGUGAUCUUAUUGUCUAAAACUACAGCAUUGUCUAUCUUUUCUAGCACAGAAGUAUGCAUAUAUAUAUUUAGAUAUGCAUAUGUAGUCUAUUUCCUACAUAAUCAUGUAAGUCAUCUUGAAAAGACAGACUAUGAUGUAACCAUAAAUCUAUUAUGUAUUGGUACGUCUGUAGACCAAGAUAUAAUUUUUUUAAAGUAAGUUUAUUUCUUUCAAGGUUUACAAAUAACAAAGGUGCACCUUGUAUUUAAAAUUGCCAUUAUAGAUGAGAGCGUGCAUGCACAGUAAUUUUUGUUUAAGAGUAAUAUUUUUAAUGUAAUAGAUUGUAAGAAGUGGUAAGAGAGGUAUCUGACAGAGAUGAAUGUGCCAAGCAAAACCACAACUGUGUAUAUUUUAAAGCACAUCAAUGGCUUUAAGUACCAUGUUGUAAAGGAUUCUCAUGAAGUGCCAUAGACUGUACAUCAAAUUAGAGUAUUAUUUCUGCAGUGUUAUUUUUCAGAGCCACAUUUUUGCUUAUUUUGUUAGUACUGAUCAGUCAAAGGGCACCAUUCUGUUUCAAAACCAAAGUUGUCUCAGAAAUGGCCAAUUCUACCUUACAUAACAGUAGACAGCACAAGAAAGGUAUUUUAUCGAUACAAAUUAACUUAACACAUACUGGACAUAUACACAUAUAUAAACUAUUUUAAGACAUUGUAAUGUAAUAUUUAUGCAUAUUAUACCAUAUAACACGAUAUACAAAAGGGAAAAGCCAUUUCUGAGACACAAUAACAAACGUUUGAGGAACUUAUUUUGCUUCUAUUUAUAGCCUCUGUCAAAAGUCAAAAGACUAUAAAUGCUUUGCAGAGAUGGGUUUCACUUUUGCUUAAAUGCUUCAUCAAAGUCACGCUUCAAAACAGUGACUCUAAACCAAGAAGAAAGAAGCACUGACAUCAGCCGCAUGACAAACCAAAAUAUGAAAAAAAUGGAGAUGUUAAUUAGUGUAGAAAUUGGUUGGGUUAAAUACUUGGGUGAGUUUUAUAUGUGAUUUUUUUUUGUUCAGAUUAACUGCUUAUAGCCUUAGAAAGCCUUUACAAAAUAAAAUAAAAAAAUAGAUGUGCAUUCAAGUUUUUAAGAAUGGAUUCAUCCAAAGGAAUUCCUUUUUGUGGUUUGGAUGUUGCAGCUAGUAAAGGAUAUUUUUGCUCUGUUCAGCAAACUGCUGAAGUGGGGGCCAGGUCACUGGUAGUAUAGUGUGGAGUGGAAGAAGUGAGAGUUCAGUUCUAGAACUUUCCAUACUUCCAAGUUUACUGCAAGUUUUUAUGCUUGAGAGAGAUGCUUUCUAGUAUAAGAAUGAUGUGUUGAUUUUACUGAUUGUACUGUACAUCUAUUAAAGCCUUAGAUUAUUACAUUACGGGUUAAAACCCAUACCAAUGUAAUUUCAAUCGUGUUAAGAAAGUAUAGGUGACUUCACAUGUUAUUGUAGUUACUUACAUUAUAGAAUAUUACUUAUUUUUCUUGUUAAAAAUGUAGUUUUUAUUUCUUACAUUUAUUAGAUUGUUUUCAUUUUCUAUUACCAGUUGAAUACCGUUUCAGUUUAUAGAAUUUUGUUUUAUUAGAUUUUACUGAUGACUUUUUCAAAAUACAAAAAAAAUAAAUAAAAAUGUAGGUUUUUUUUCUUCAUAACAUACUCAGUUUUGAAUUUACAUGUAGUGUCAUAUGAGUAUUCGUAUUGUUAACUAAAUGAUUUAUAUUUUACUGAUUUAAUAUUACAAUGUAAGAAUGUCAGUCAUUGUUAGUUCUUGUCUAGUUUUCAUUAAAAGAACAAAGAUCUUUUAUAUGGAUAUCUUAUAAUUAUAUAAUCAUUGCUAAGUAAGAAGUUAAGUUGUUGCUAUCGCAACAAUCCUGGCAGACAAUUGAGUAAUAUUUUGAUGAUUUAUUUUGUUUGUAAUUAGUUAUUAUAAGAAAAUCUAGUUCCUAGAUAUUAGAAUAAAAUUUAUUUUCUACUGUAUCCAUUUCAAAUGUUAAAAUAUUGUUUAAAUAUUUUUUGAAAUCCCUGAAUAUCAGGCCUUGUUAUAAAUAAGCUGCAUAAUCAAUAGAUCAAGGGACUUUUUGUUUUGAUAAUCCAAAUACUCAAAGUUUACGUAACAAGAAUUAUAGCGCGUGUGCAAACUCUUGAGGGUUGAUUAUGCUGCAGUUUAGCAUGUGGGAACGUAUAGAAGAAGGUUGACUUUUUGCACUUCUGUAUAUAGUCAAAAAAGAGAGAAACCUGUAUAAUAGUAAGAUCUUAUUUUGAAUAAAAAUGUCUAUAAUUACAAGGAGUUUUGUUAAGGCUAAUAAAAAUGACAGGCUGAACAAAAUUGCUUGCAAAAGUGGCACAGAGUUAGCACUCCAUACCCCUUCAAAAAGUUGCUUUGCUUUAUGUGGACAGCUUGUAGUUUGCCAGGAUUUUUUCAGCUGGAAAGAUAUGCCAUCCUUCCGAGAUCUCAUGACUGACAAAAACUCCACUGGGUCAAAUCUGCCUGAAAAUCAUUAUUAA